AUGGUGACCGCGUAUGCAUAUAAGCUAGAAAGGGGGGCCACAGUCUUGCGCUCUGAGGUUCUUUUGCUCUUGUGGCAAGAGAACUUGACUUUUGAUGGGAGUAGUGGCUCUUUUGACUUCCUGGAACUAUUCAGUGGCAAGGGGGAAGUGACCAAACUUUGGAGAGAUCACGGAUUCCGGUGCUGCAGCGUAGACCUGGACUAUGCUGACUGCAUGGACUUCGAGAAGCACUCCACCUUCGCGCUUUGCCUUUGGGCUAUUCUCAACGAAGUGCCAGAUGCCUUCAAUGUACUGGCGCCAGUAUGUGGGUCUUGGAGCACAGUCUCUAGAGGAAGCACCCUGCGGAACUAUGUGAACCCAAUGGGUCAUCAACCAUACAACUCAGUAGCCUUUGGAAACCGGAUGACGUCAAAGUGUGUGCUACUGAUUUUGGUAAUGUUGGCCUGCAACUGUAUUUUUGCUCUUGAACAACCUUCUCAAAGUUUGAUGCCCCGCCACAAGCGCUUGGAGUGGCUACUCAAUAGAGUGGCCUACGUUUACGAAGUGCACUUCUGGGCUAUGCACUACGGGAAAGAGUGCCCUAAGAGGACAAUGAUGCUGAGUAACCUACGGACGAUAUCCACGUUGGAUAGGGGUGUCCUGAGCAAUGCUGAAAAGGUUGCAAAACAUAAGGUGGAGACCACACGAAUCGCAGUCCAUACCUCAAUAUACAACCAUCUCGUUUUGGACCCAGUUGCCCCCGUGCCCAGGUCUUACACCAGAGCCUUUGGAGAAAGGCUGCUGGAGCUGUACCAGCAUGGCAGGACGGAAACCAGGUAUGACCUGCGCACGCGGCCGAAGAUUCCUAAAGGCAAGUCGGACAAGGAGCUAUUCGAAGAGCUCCAGCUGGGGGAUAUUUGGUAUGAAUCCAAAUGCCACGAAACCUUCCUGUACUUGUUUGAGAGCAAACAUCUGAGGACUGAGUGGAAUGCACUGCUUGGCUAA